CCUAGAAGAGCGCCACCUACCUGCUUUGAGUGCGGGGAGGUGGGGCAUUACAGGAACCAAUGUUGGAAAAAGGCGGGAGAAGGCGUCGGGCGAGGAGGUGCGAGCUUGUCUGGCGUAACGUUUGCAGGGAAUAAAUAGGAAGAUGACACGAGGAAACAGCUGGAGGCGAUAGGUCAGAUGGUGGCGACUUUCAAGGAACACCUUGAGCAAGAGAAUCGGAAGAACGAGGAGAAGCAGCGGAGAAGGCAGGAACGUGAGGAGCAGGCGAGGAUUGAAGAAGAGGAACAACGACGAGCGGAGGAAAGGAGGAUGCAGGAGGAAAAAGCCGCACGGAAACUGGAGGAAGUGAAGUUAGCGAAGGAGUUGCGCGCUGAGCAGAAGCUGAAAAAGAAAAAGCAAGAGGAAGAGGAGCGCGCGGAAUUUGCGAAAUCAUUACAUAUCCAUGUGGCGAUGUGUAUGGGCGGAAUGAGGGAAGAAAUGAGAGAUCAGUUUAAGCAUGGCAUGGCCAUGAUGCAGUCAUCAUUGCGGAAUAAGGAGAAAGUUGCGUCGCCGGCGAAAUCGGAGGAAUCAUUUACAAGCGGUUGGGUGGUGCGCGUGAAGACGAGUGAAGAAGGACAGUGGCGGAUCGGAAUCCGGGAUGAAUUGAAUCGAAUGGAAAAGCAAGGGAUCAGACGGCUUACACUGUAUUCUGCAGGAGGGAAUAGUUGGGCGGACGGUUGGAGGAAGGUCAAGAGUGCGUAUGGAAGGUCGGCGGUCAGAAAGAAAGGUAGAGACACGUCAUUGGCUAAGUGUAAGAAAGUGAUUGACGACGGAGGGGUGUUGGAAAUUCGGCACUUGCGGCGGUGGUGCCCUUCGAUAGGACCGGACAGGAAAGCGCUGAUUAAGCUGCUUCGAAAUCCAAACAAGAUGAACGUGAUCCGAGAGCUACACGUCGAAGGAAGGCUUAGGUGGUACAAGGCCACGAAGGACUUCCAGAAGAAGACCAUACGAUCAUACCUGCGGCGGAUCAUCGUGCGGGUAAUCAGGGAGACAAGUGGCUGGAAGAUGGGAGCGGAUAUAGUGGUGAAGGUGAAGUACGAUGAGAGAGUGAGCUUGGCUGAGGUAAGAAAGGUGGUGAACGACAAGAUUGGGGGUUUGAGCCAUCCUGUGUGCAUGAGGAAGCAUGCGAGAAGUAAGGUGAGAACGGAACUGGAUGGAGUGCACCCGAUGUUGUUGAACGCAGGGAAUGUUCUGAAGGCUAGGCACCCAGAUCGGGUCGAGUUGCUGCGGAAAGAGAUUGUGGAGGCUUUCGGGAUGUGGGGCAAUCACAAGAAAGAAGACGUAGUGGAAGUAACGCGUGACAACGCAUUGAAGUGCAUGGCAGGGCACACGGAGGAUGGAGCGAACUUUCUGGAUAUCGCCGAAGUUCAACGACUGAAGAUGAAGUUACGUGAUUUGGUGUUGACCCCGCUGGAUCGUAAUCCGGGCGAAACACUAGUGAUGUGCCCGCACUUGUAUUUCGAAGCAAUGAUGGAAGGUUUUGUCAUGAACACGGGUUAUGAGGUGUUGUCUGAGCAGGGUGAGGACAGAGUAAAGGAAGAGAAGAGUCGAUGCGUUCAACAAGGCGCAUGCGAUGAGGACAUGUUCAGCAAGUUGCCACACGAAGAGAUCAUGAAAUCGGUCGACUGGAUCAUCGACCGUUACAAGGAAAAUGGAAAAAACUGGAUCAGAGUCAACACGAGAGGUAAGGGUUGCACGUUCGGGAGGACCACGGGAGCAGAUCACUGGAGGAUGAUGGGAUUGGAGGAGAUCCGAAGCUUUGUGAAGGUUGACUUGGAGCAUACGUACAUGAAGGCUACCGGGGUGCUGCUGAAGCAGAUGGUCGGCAUCCCGAUGGGAAAGAGUACGAGCCCCCCGUUAGCAUGCAUCAUGUGUGCGUAUUACGAGUUCAAAUUCUUGAACCCUCUUGGGCAUCGAAGGAAGAUGGUGACGGGGCUGAGACUGAUGGACGAUGUGAGUAUCAUGAUCAGUGCCACAAGCAAGAAGGCACGAAUAGUUGACAAGAUCAGGGCGGACUUCGAACAGUGUUAUCCUCCAGAACUGCAACUGAAGCGUACGGACGAAGGAACAGGCACUUGGGACUUCCUGGGUCUGGAUGUGAGGCUGACACAGGAUUACCCAUUUCUUGGAUGCAUGCAGAUGACUAAGAACGAGGACGCAGUUUGGAAUGGGGGAAAGUUAGCUAUCAAGAAUGGGCAAUUUUACGACUCGUGGGGAAGCAAGCAGCAGAAAGGGGCGGUGUUGGCGAGUUACUUGCACAGGAUUGACGCCAACACCACGAUUCGGUCGGAAAUUUUGUGAAGAGUCUUCGCACUCUGCCAGGAAAUGGGAUUGAAGAAAUUUCCGAUGGAAUUCGUGAGAAGGACACUGCGAAGGUUCAGUGUC